AUGCCGAAGGUCGUAUCGAGAUCUGCGGUGUCGACGUCGACGAACGCUGCCCCAACGGCGUCUUCGGCUGCUGCUUUGCGUGUGUAUUAUUGUAUAUGCGGCGAGUUCUGCCUCGUAAUAGACCGUACCCUCUCCUCCCUCCCCAGACGACAAACGGACGGCUCCAUCAUAAUCCGCUCACAAGACGCCCAAGACGGCUCCGCCAAAGCCCAAGUAUUCAAGCUAAACGUAAACACGAUCGACCCAGUUCUCGUCGAGAGGUCUUCCGGCGGACAUGAGCGACAGUUUCGUUUCUGCUGCACGCGUUGUCAGUUGCUGAUUGGGUAUCAGUCGACUCCGCCGCCCGUCAAGUCCGGUCCUUUCGUUUAUAUUCUGAAGGGCGCUCUCUCGCAAGUCCAAGGAGAGGUACCUGAGGAUGCGUUUGAUGCCGAAGACGUACACUCUGUGCGCAACGAAUAG